GGAACCACUAGACCUAGGUAAACGCAUCCGAGUAAAUCAACCGAGGCUCGUCGAGUUGUCGAGGGGCACCUCGGCGAAGGCGCAUUCAUCUCUAUUACGUUCGUCUUGCCGACAGGAUGGUAGAAUUGCACACCUACAUAAUUCCAGUGGACGAAUUCGAACAUAUGAAGCUUCAUCAUAGCAAACGUCCACAGGCAAUAUACACCGGUAUUCCCUAGCACACCCUUCGCAAUCCCACACCGCUCCCGAUGGCGACCCCGAAGCAGCCCAAGGUCCUCCUAUUCGACAUCGGCGGCGUCUGUGUCGUGUCGCCCUUUCAGUCGAUCCUAGACUACGAGCUCAGCCUGGGCAUCCCGCCGGGGUGGGUCAACUACUCGAUCUCGAAGACGGCGCCGGACGGGUUCUGGCACCGGCUGGAGCGGGGCGAGAUCCCGCUCGACGACGCGUUCUACGCCGGGUUCAACGGGGACCUGCACGACGCGGGGCGGUGGGCGGCCUUCUACCGGGAGCAGCAGCAGCAGCAGCAGCAGCAGCGGGGGGCGGCCGCAUCUGAUGGUGGCGGUGGCGGGGCGGUGCCGCCGGUGCCGCGGCUCGACGGGCGCUGGCUGUUCGAGGACAUGAUGCGCGCGUCGAUGGCGCCGGACCCGUGGAUGUACCCGGCGCUGCGGGCGCUGCGGGCGCGCGGCGGGUUCGUGCUGGCGGCGCUGAGCAACACGGUGCGGUUCCCGCCCGGGCACGCGCUGUUCCGCGGCGACUCCUUCGCUGACGACCCGGUGCGCCGCCUCUUCGACGUCUUCGUGUCGUCGGCGCACGUCGGCCUGCGCAAGCCCGACCCGCGCAUCUACGCGCUCGCGCUCGCCCGCGUCGACGCGUUCGCGCGCGCCCACGGCUGGCCCGACGGCGUGCGCCCCGACGAGGUCGUCUUCUUCGACGACAUCGGCGAGAACCUCAAGGCCGCCCGCGCCGCCGGCUUCCGCACCGUCAAGGUCCCCCUCGGCAGGACCUACGAGGCCGUCGACGAGCUCGAGGCCAUCACCGGGCUCCAGCUGGCCGGCGACCACCCGCGCGUGCCGGUCCGGCCGAAGAUGGGUGGAGAUGCCAAGGCUAAGAUAUAGAUGGAUAUUAUAUUAUCUAGACGUGUAAACGUGCCUAAGGGUUACCUUUGCCGGGGCGGGGAGUAGGUGUAUAUAACGUGAGUAGGGGAUGCGGUAACCUACGGGUUGGGUGUCAGCGGGUGGUAUUUUGGGAUGGGCAAUUCUUUACAUAUCGAAACCUAGACGCAUUGUUGAUGAGCGUUCUGCUGGCUCCUCUCCCGCGUGCAUAGAUUGCAACGCUAUGAUCCCCCUUGGAAUUGUUACGGUUUGGGGCAUGCUGCCUUAGCUGCCAUGAAACUGGGAGGUGUACUUUGAUAGCUCCAAAACGACCUAUCACCUUCUAGGCCCAGAG